CAACGCUGUUGCUGGGGCCGGGCGGCGACCAAUAAUAUGCCGUUUCAGAAUCGUUUCGUCGGUUGGGUUCGGUACUUUUCAGGCAGGGGCAGUCCAAUACACAAUACAUUAGUAGUGUGGGCGCCAUGGCUCACGACGAGCCAGUGGGCCAGAUGGCUGCCCGACCAGGGGUGAGCUCCCCUUCCUCUGGCUCCUGGAACCGCUGGCCGCCACCCGCUGCCACGUCGUCGCACAACCAGUUCUUCAGCGUCGUCAAGAAGGCUCGACCGACGGCGCCCGUCGGCGCAGUCGCCGCUGUCGGAAAGCCCGGGCCGGCGUCGCUCGGCAAGACGGGACCAGUACAGGUCGGAAAGACGGGACCAGUACAGGUCAGCAAGGCAGGACCAAUGCAGGUCGGUAAGCCGAGAAUAGCGUCGUUCGGCUCCCCCGCCGGGACGCCGGGUCUGAAGCCGGCGUCUCGCCCCGGGCCGUCUAAAGCGCCGGUGUCGCUGCUGAAGGCCGGACCCCUGCGCAUGGGCCUGGUUUCGCCGUCGGUCAGCAAGGCGGGACCACAGAGGCCCAGUCCGUCCGGCGCCACCGGUCUGCCCAAGACGAGCCUCGCCGCUCCUCUGAAGAAGUUCGCCGCUCCUGCCAAGCUGGGGCUGCCGCGGCCCGCUCCGCCGGACAGUGUGAGCCCGAGGGGUCAGUAUGCGCCGGUCGCCGGGGCCCGGUACCGCGCGCCCUCCGGGGGCGCCUCGCGCGCCGCGCCGGACCCGUUCCGGCCGAAGCCGUCGGCGUCGGCUCCGAAGCCGCGCAUGUCAUGGGACCUGGACCUGCUGACGGACGGGUCGCCGGAGGACGAGGGACACUUCGCCUCGGACCUGGAGCAAUCGCCCACGUUCCUCACCAGCGACCAGCCAUCGCGGCCGAGCAGACCGCCGGCGGUCACCGGUCAGCUCAGGACCAUGGGACCGAUCCAUGACAAGGUGCGUAACAUGCAGCCGAAGAGGCCCCGCGGCAGACCUCCGAAGGCGCCUGGUGAGCAGAGCGUGCCGCGCAAGUACGUGAAGAAAGCGCACGCAGCCAACGGCGCCGGCGGCCACGCGGAGAACGUCAGUAUCCUUCACUCCAACCCGAAGUGGAAGGGCGCCACCGACGCGCUCCACAACGACUUCAGCAAGCUGAAGGAGAAGCAGCGCCGGCGGAAGGAGAAGCUGGUGGCGGUGCGGCUGGACGGCAGCGUGCCGCAGAGGGUGACGCUGCUGCCGCGGGACCCGGACGAACCGUACGACUCCGACUCAACCGCGUCCCCGGUCAAGGACGCGCCGCGGCCGGGCCUCACUUCGCCGCCCAGGAGGUCAUCCGGUGCCAGCGAGCACGCGCACGGCAAACCCGAAACGAAACCACUGUUUGAGCACAUUGACGAGGACUGGGCUGUGAUCAAAAAGUCGCUGGAGAAUACUGAGGCGAAGCGGGAGAGAAGGGUGAGCGAGGCUGGAUCGUCGCUGAAAGGGACGCUCACGCCGUCUCCGACUAAGAAAAGUGACCGCUCCGAUGAGUUGUCGACUGAUGAAGAUAUUGGCAACAACCUGAAUGCUCCGCUUCAUAAUUUAGAACGGCUUCAGGAUCAAAUGAUCAAAAGUUUGAUGGACGAGGGUGCCCUCGCUGCCCUGAAAAAGAAGCAUAGAAAACAGAAAGAAGUCCACAUGUUCAAAAAGAAGAAGAUGAGCGACUACUGGAAGAGCAAGCUGGCUUCUGGGAAAUCCUCACUUCAGAUGAAAAUGAAACGUCCGUACAACGUGCGUCCGCUGACCUCGGAUAACGUACGGCACAUGGAGGAGGCGAUCGCGGCCGUGCUGGCCGCGCCCAGUCCGGAGGCGUCGCCGCAGAAACGGCCGCCCGUCGGGUCACCGUCCAAACUGAAGCCGCCCGCCGACCGGCCGCCGGCCGGCGGUGCCUCCGUCUCGCCGCAGAGCCGACCCAAAGUGCAGCUGAUGCUACACUCGCUGCCGCCGCCGCCGCCGGCUCUGUCACCCUCUCAGUCGGACGCGCGCCCGAGCCCGACCGGCCAGCCGCCGGAGACGCCGCUGCCGGUCUCCAUGUCGGCCACCAAGCUAAAGGAGUUCCUGGACUCUGCUCGCGUGUCGCGCUACCGGCGCACGUGCGGCUCAGGCCUGCUGGCCGCCGUUCAGAUGCCGGUGGAGACGGCCGAGCGGAUGGUGUUUGUCUCCGAGACGCCGCUUCCACCGGGCGUAGAUCAGACUCUGGUGCCGAACGGACAGGCGCCCGGCGGUCCCGGUGUGUCCGCAGUGCCGGGCGCCGGGUGGCCGGUGGAACAGCUGGACCCGGCGCGGGGCGGCGCCGCCUGGAUGGCCGGCCCGCCGGCGUCCGGACUGGACUGCAUCGCCAGCACCAGUGCUGGUGUCUGUGACGCCACCAUCGGCACCAACUAUACCAUCAAUGGCACCUCCACCGACAGCACCAGCGACACCUGCGCCAGUGACGGCGCCGCCGGCGACAGCGGCGCCGUCCGCCGCUGCGGAUGA